AUGCUGCGUUCCCUCUUCAGCUCGCCGUACUUUGCACAAGUUCUCUCCUUUGCCCGCGUCGUCCCCUCUGGUUCGGCGAUGUUGCGCAGCACGUGUUGCCAGUCUUUUAUGCAGAGACGUCGGCUAACAACCCAAGCGCUUUCUAGCAACAUACUCAGGCAGGAAAGACUGGAGGCUCUCCUUGAAAGACCUCAACUGUCUGAGAAUUUGAAACAGUUAUUGGCGCUUUUUGGAGAUGAACCGACGAUGCCGGCCGGCGAAGGCGUUUCGCUCCUGGACCUGCGGAUAGUCCGUCCAUUGAGUGAGACUGCUAGGCUCUCACCCACAGCUAUAUGCAAUUUACUGGAGGUGGUUUUGGCGCCAUCUCUGCAGUCCUUCUACGGACGGUCGUCCGUCUCACCGCAGACCCGGCUUGAGUUACUUUCGCCUGACUUCGUCCUCCGCCAUUUAAUCCAUCCUCUCUCGAGAUUCGGGGUGGGAGAUCCCGUGCGCGCUAUCAGUCGCUGUCCUGGUCUUUUCGCCGCCGCGAUUAUGCGCGAGGAGGGGGAGGAUUCGCGUCUCGUUGCAGCACUUAAAACGCUCAGCACCCUGCUUUCUCGCAAGGACCUUGCCACUCUAGUCAAGAAAUUCCCCGGUACUUUAAUUUCAUAAUGUAAUGCUACUUUCAUUUACAUAGUAGGCUAUACACUAUGUGACCUAACUCAUGCGACUUGAGGACGAAGAAUGAAAUGAUGAUUCUUAGGCUCCUAAAAUGUUGCGCACUUUACUCAUUCGCCUAGCCCCUUCCGGAAAAUAUCCCUUUUUUCACGCAGACUGUAUGACUAAGUAAUGUUAUCAGAGAAAAUAUCUCCAAAUCUGAGCGGUAAUCUACGUUACGGUAUAUUCGGGCAAUUUCUCAUGUUAAUAGUUGUCCUAGACUUAUUUUGCUCAUCCGAGCUUGUUCUGUUUCUAGAAGAGAGUAAGCUUACUUCGACAGUUAUACCAAAUAGAACUUGCCACACUUGAAAGCUCGCGAAAGAAUAGGUUAUUUUAGAAAACCAGCGUGUUAUGAAUUUCUAGAGGGCGGAUUUAGUGCCCGAACGUGCAGUAGUAAUGCCUACAGGCACUUUUUUGUUUAAAUGUGCCGAUAUUGUGAACAUUCUGCAAUUUACUGUCAAACUUAACAUCACCGAAUGGUUAUUUUACAUUUUGGAAAUAUGGAGUGACACUUCUUACGCGGUCUAGUUUCUGCUUAACCGUAGUGCAGGAACGGAACAGGAAUACAUUAACGGUUUAAGCAGUGUGUCAGUAUUUAUAUGGCCUCUCUUCUGGGCAUUCAUAAUCGUAGGACGGAUCCAAAAAGUAAACAAAGAUGCCGAAAAUAGCUGCAAUAUAAAGAGAAAACAAGUUCUUCCGUAUGCUGCGAAAAGGUAUCAGUAUUUCUCAAGAACCUAAAAAACGGCCAAAAGUGGGUUUACCGUUAACAGAAUACAGGACUAAAUCAUUUUUUUAAUAGACAACUUUCUACAGAAAUUCCUUCAGUUGACGAGAAGCAUAUUCGUCGUUAGCGUUUGUUGUGGACGUUCAUUUUCUCGACAAUGACGUUUUGGGUACUUCUUCAAGUAUGACCCGACCAACAUACACAAAGAGGAUUCUUAAUCACUCACUAAUUCGGUAAAUGCUUCCAAGAAGAAUCUUUUUGAGGAUUUUGAUAAAUACGUAGCACAUGAAGUACCCUGAAAAUCGAAAAGUAUUCACUUACAUUUCAAUGAUACCUAAACUCAGAAGACUCCACCGUCAUCAAAAACCUUAAGUAUUCUGAGGUAAGUAGAGUUCUCCUAACGUAAACAAAAUGGUAUGCAGCGAGAGAUUGCAGUUGAAAAGCCGUCGCGAUAAAUUCUGGUGUGUAUUGCUGUAUCAAAUUCAUGCCAUGGAAAUAUUGCUUCAAAUUAAAUUUAGUAGUAGUUGAAAACCCUAGCUCCUGCGAAGUUGUAGUCAGCGAAAUCAAGUGAAAUCCUCCUUGCCUUAGUCAACCGCAUAUCGAGCAAUGCGGGAACGGAAAGUCACAUCGAUUUUGCGCUGCAAGACUUUGAGAUACAUGACCCCAAACCACGUACUGGACCUUUUGCCAGACUCCAUGUAACACCAAUUCCCGGAGGUCCUUUAGUGAGAAUGUGUGCAAAAGCAAUUUUCUAAACAUUGAUGUGCUUAUACCGUGUUACUUAAUCGUCUGCUUGGACAAUCAUCAUGCAAUUUUAAAAUUCGGAUCUACUCAUAGGACGCGCAUUUUUGCGUCUUCGACAUCUGCGCUUUUCUUAAGAAAGUUGUUUCUUCUCAUUAAUGAAGUAGUACUUGAAACACUUAUUUUGUUUCCGUUUAACUGGAGGUUUUCCAUUAUUGGUGCCUCGGUGGAUGCCUCUUGGGCUGGUUCCAGAUUGGUUAGUGAUUUUUCGUCAGCUUAAACAUGUUUCAUGCAUUAGGUUACCAACUGCAUAAACCAUCAUCUUGUAGAAGCGUUGACCAGAUCUCCUGAUGAACUCUUGGAAAUAUACACCUACCUGACGGAGAAGAUGGGCCUUGCGUCAUCCAGCGAGGUACACAGCGCAGCCCGUCAUCCCCACGAAAUGCGCCAUUCAACGAAGUUACUCAUCUCCGCAUGUUCCGCGUGGCGUUUGCCACUCAACAAAACCGUCGCGCGUCACACCCUUCUGCUUUUGGCCAAUCAAUGGCCACCAAAGUUUUCGGACUCCAAAAACAGUACGUUAUCAAUUCAGACCGACUUUUUUUAGCAUUGAUGACGUUUGGGCGUUUUUUAGGACCGCUUGAUUGUGAAUCUGCAGAUGAUCUUAUCAUGACACUUACAGUUUUGUGACCUGAUCGGCCAUAUCUCCGCACGGCUUGCGACUCUCCUGCUGCUGUUGCACAGUGGAAGUAUGGAGGAAGAGAGAACGCGCGAUAGUGAGGCUAGUCCCACGUGACAGUUCAUAAAUAAUAUAAAAAGCUGGGCGCCAUGAACUGUCGCAACUGUUUAAAGGAUUAGCUUGCGGUUUUUCCAACUUCUCGGCUGUCUCAGUUCUUGUGACCGACGGCCAGGCCACAGCGACUCAUUAGAGUGACCAUAUAGCAAAUCUUACCAAUUUGCUCUCUAUAUGCUUGCCUUGUAUUCCAGGUCGUUCUUACCGGCCUGUUCAGUUACUUCCACAGUCUUUUAAAAUCUCCCUAGUAGAUUGCCGCGCCAAAGAUGCUUUCCCUUCAAAUAGAAUAGACCUGCUUACCUGGCUUUUCUUUCUCCUGAAGGUCAACGAGCCCCUCAGGUUUACCACCUCUCACUGUUCGACCUCAUUCCCGUUUCCCACAUACGGGCCUUUUACACGUGAUCGAGUGCUGUUCCAUGAGUUGAAGAGUUUUCGCUGUGGUCAAAACGGGUUCAGGAACCAACUCUUAGCUACAGUGCGUGACCGAUCUCAUGCAAUGUUGUCCAAAUUCUGGAAUGCGUUUCCGAUUAGGAAGGAUUACUUAAGUGAAUUUGUUAUACUGAUUAUCAUGCAUCAUAACUCUAUAACAUUUCGGACUCGCCAGGAUGUCGGCUUUUGAAUGCACCCUUUUUCAAACCCCUGUAGAAACCGUACUCAUUAGAAAAUGACUACUUAUGUAGCAUGCAUUUUCCCCACUGAUUUUCGGUGGUCUUAUAAAUUCAAAUAUAUUUUAUAGAGAACACGCUCAAAAUAUGCUUUCUUUGCUCAUUUGGUAGGAAAUCACAUUGUCUUCCUAUUGUAUGCCCAAAGAAAGUGUGUACUUAGGUUUUAAAAAAGUUUCCCGAUUCCCGAAUAAUUUUCAGCCUGAUCUGCCAUCGCAUCAGUGUUUAGCAAUUUCAGUCUACAAGGCGCAUGCUUUCUGCGUAAGGAAAAUCAUAUAUUCCCGUAUGCCUUCAAGAAGAUGUCACAUAGAGUUCAGUAAAUUUUGCAAUGGACCCGAACUGUAUUGUACAGUUCAUGAGGAGCAUUAGUAAACGGACGUGUGCGGUCUUGCAUGCACGGACAUCGGACGGUCUUAAAAAUAUCAUAAUUAGAAACUUUUUUCAAACCAAAAUAUACACCAUUUCGGGCACAAAAUAUGAAAACAAUGUUAUUUCCUACCAAAUGAACAAAGAACGCAUAUUUUGUGCGUGUUCUCUAUAAAAUAUAUUUAAAUUUAUGAGACCAUCGAAAAUCAAUACGAAAAAUGCAUGCUAAUUAUAUAGUCAUUUUUUUACCGAGUGUGCUUUCUGCAGGAGGUCAAAAAGAUGUGCAUUCAAAAGCCGACAUCCUGGCGAGUCUGAAAUGUUAUAGGGUUAUGAUGCAUGACAAUCAGUAUAACAACCCCACUUAAGUAAUCCUUCCUAAUUGGGAACGCAUUCCAGAAUUUGGCAAAUAUUUCAUGAGAUCGGUCACGCACUGUACAUCACCGUGACCAUGAACGUUACAGUAAGUGAAGAUUUCACUCUCACGCAAGUGCGAUCCGAGCCGCCCAUCUCUUUUUGCGCGGGACGGGUCGUGUGUGGCACGCGUAGACGGGCCAUUUGGCUGCGUCCAAUCCCCGUAUCGGAUGACUAACCAACUGGAACAGUGAACUGAUGUGAGGGAACAUAAAGUGAGGUCGACUCUGGGUACCUCGUCUCCACGACGCACUGCGUAUUUCUCACUAUAAACAAUUUGGCGCGCCUUUAAACUAUCACGGUGGGCCAAAAGCUGCGGCUUAGAAGGCUACCGAGUGACGGGUUAACUCGGUUUUCCUCCCAGGACGAGGAGUCAGGCUGCUAUUCGUCGUUUAUAAUCUGGUCGAGAUACGAACAGCUCCGUAUGUUUUUUGAUGAAAUCCUGGCCCAUCGUGCGCGGGCCGAGGGUUUUUAGCGCGUUUAGAUAGACUGUUUGACCUUGUCCGUCACUGUGUCUGGUUCCGCCGCUAUCUUGACAACAGGCUCAGGUGCUUGAAGCAGGAGGAAGUGCAUUAGAUGCAUCGCAAGUCCACUAUUACCUCAAAUUAAUUAACACGCAAGUAACUGUCCUCGCACCCGCCAUGAUGCUGGGCACACGGAGUGAGCAUCAGCGUUCACGAUGAUCGAACUGCCUUUUCAGAUGACGUAUCGCAAGAAAAGUUGACUGAAAUUUCGAAAUAACGUUUUGGCUGGGAAGCACUACUUUGGUGGGCGUGUAACUUUGAUUAUAAUCCAGUAUAACCUCGUGAUAUUCCAGCCAAGUUAGGAUGCUGACUUUUGGAUGUGCGUGCAAAAUUCCAUUGACUGAUACAAGCGAAGAUGCGAGCUCCAGGAACUAGUCGAUCAGAAGAAGAAGAAGAAGCGAUCGCUGGAACAGGGGUUUUAUUCGUCUGACGUUUCGGAUUCUCACUUGAACCCAUCAUCAGAGACAGUGGCAGAAAAGGGUGACUCGUGCACAGGAUGUUGCAGUAUUUAUAGGAUGUAGUCGCUAUGCUACCGCGUACCUAUAGCAAUUAACCGCGCUCCCCUUCAUCAAGAACUGUUGCCCGCUGGUGCGCCAAAGGCUCCCUUUAUCCCGUGUUCUAACUCCGACUCUUACCCUCCCCACCCCCUUUGAAUUUAGGGCAAGGCCACCUAUAGUUCGAGAGAUGUCCAUAUUCCUCUACCGAACCAAUACUUCUUGCGCUAACUUUGAAGUAAAUUUUGUCUUCGACUUUUCUGCCCAAAAAACGAUGACUUUUGUUUCAAAAAGUUUGUGUGUGCGAAUUUUUUAAAACUACGAAAUGUCUCUUCAAAUAGCGUGGUAUCCGUCCGUUUGAUGACGGACCUUGUGAAAUACACAACGUGGUCUAUAUAUGUUGCAAAAUUUUAUGAGCGCUGUAUGACACCGUUUUAAUGGCAUAGAAGGAAUGUGUGAUUUUCCAUAGGUUGGAAGUGGACAACUUGUGGUUUGGAGCUCACAAAUACAAAUGCAAUUGCAGGUUGAAUCCGAAAUUAUUCCGAAAUGUAAAAACGACUUUUCUUAAACUGUCGGGCACCCUUGCCUUGAGUAUAAAAUUUGGAGAAGAUAUAACCUACUAAGAAACUGGCUUCAAGAAGACAUGAUAUUGGCAACGGUAUGGAGAAGGACCCCAAUUUACUGUCGGUAGACAGUAGAUCGUGUCUGGUGAUGAGGGGAGUUUUACGGGUGGGGCAGCACACUAGACAGUAUGCUGACGAAAUGCAGGAAAACACAGAAAUUGUUUGGAUUUCUCCCGAAAGACUCAUCGUACGAUUUCUUACGCCAACGGAAAUGAGCACGGUAAUUAAAAAUAAACAAAAAGUAAAUUUCAAAAAAUAAAGGAGCUUGAAUGAUGGUUUGGAGUCAUGGCAGGUGCUUGUUAUUGGCAGUGUAAUGUCUUCAAAGGCCUGCGAAUGGAUGCCAAGAUAAAAGUCCGUAUGACGUGAUCCACAGUCUGCCGUCGUCAAAUGGGGUCCUUCUCCAUACCGUUGCCGGUAUAUUUUGUGCAUACUUUCUAUGAAACAUGUUUGGAUCUAUAGCGGCAUCAACGAUGAAUGGGACAAAAUCAUGCUAUUUAAGUAUUCCUUCUCAGCUAGUGUUUUUUGCAGGCGGCCUAAAAGACGCAUAUUCAAAGCGAUCACCCUGGCCCGACUGAAAUAUUUUGGGAUCAUGCUGUAUGGUAAUCAAAAUUGCAGGCCCAUCUUAGUAAAUCUUUUAUGGCAAAACUGCAGGGCCAUUCAGUCAGCGACAAAUAAUCCUGAUUAUUGGAUUGUGACGAAAACCCUCAAGAUCGUUGUCCCACGAAAUAUGGUUCCAUGUUGAACUUCGAGGAGUAUACUGUCAUCCCGAUGAAUCGCCGUAAGUUUUGCAGCUUUUCAUUCCUGCGCACGGCGCUGAGUAGUCGAUUUCAGCUAGGAUUUGUACCUUUAAUACCAUUAUUGUCGGAAUUAGUGCAGCCUUGAAGGUAAUCGCUGAACACCAUUGUGUAUGCAACCCAGGUGGUGGUGUCCCGCCUGCAUAAUGACGACGCACCUUACGGUUGUAGGCUCUCACCCCGUCUCUGAUGACACAGACGGAACUCGUGUAGAACGCUAAUCUGUUAUUUGAACAUGACUCCUCUCUCUCUCUUUCUCUCUUUACCGUCCUUCCUACUCCGUGUUUUCUCUUUGCAAUUUGGAUGCAAGUUUCACGCGACAAUAUAGUAAGCCAACUGCUUGCAUGUCCUCCGGCGCGGUUCUCUCAUUGGCUCCAGAGUUGCGGAUUAGAGGAGGCGGAACUGGCCGCAGAGUCGCACUGCGUCCAAACCUACUUUUCUGCAGAAGACGUUCGAAUUUUUGAGGCCAUCUGUUCUAACCUCACGUCCAUGAAGUCAGUCAACACGACUGUUCUCUCUGGGGACCUCGCAGACAGCGAUUUCGAGAACACCGACGACGAGGAGGAGUAUGAUGGCGACACUCCCACUGGCUGA